AUAUAAGGCAGCGCCGGCCGCUCCCUCGGCAGCUCACCGCGACCAGCUUUGCCGUGCGUCCGCCUGCUCGCCCCGCCGAGGAUGCUGUGCGCCCCCGCCGCAGGCCGGGCUCUGCUGCUGUGCGCCCUGCUGGGGCGCCUCGCCGCCGCCGGCAGUCCAGAACUACCGACAGCAGUUAAUAUAACUUGGUCUUCGAUCAAUUUUAAAACAAUACUACGGUGGCAACCAAAACCAUCUGAUUACUUCUACACAGUAGAAAUACAUGGACAGACAUCUGACACACAAAAAAAAUGUAUUCUGACAGCAGAAACAGAGUGUGAUGUUACUGAUGUGCUCAGGAAUGUAAAAGAGACCUAUACAGCACAUAUACUGUCUGUAACAUCCUCAAGGAUGGAUAACUUUGAAGAACCACCUUUUGCAGUCUCAGAAAAAUUCACACCUUAUAACCAGACUAUUCUUGGAAAACCAGAGAUCCAGAAUUAUACACAAAAAGAUUCCAAACUGAGCAUUGUGUUCAAAGAUCCACUUACACCAUAUACGUUUCCCAAUGGAAGCUUUCAAAGUAUUCGAGAUAUUUUCAAACAUGACCUGGAUUAUAAACUCUAUUAUUGGAAAGACCAAAGUUCUGGAAAGAAGGAUGCAACAACAAAAAGCAAUAAAUUUGAAAUAAAUGUUGACAGCACAAAGAACUAUUGCUUCUACAUACAGGGAAUCAUUCUCUCUCGCAGAGAAAACCGUGAUGGUCAAGAAAGCGUGGUGCUUUGUACCAGUGUAGGAAGAAAUAUCUUAGAUGGCCACUUUAUAAUCCCAAAGAUUAGGUGGUGCACUGCUAUCUGUCAAGCCUGCAGACGGCUGAAUCCUAUGGAAGAAUCACUAAAAUUAUUCCUUCUCUGCAAUUCAAAACCUUAGACUAUUUCUUCAUUAUGGAUUUGCAAAGCAUGAAGAUUGAAUUCCUUAUGUGGUGGAAGUGUAAUAAAUCAUUCAAGUUGUAUUAGCUGAGACUUCACAGCAAAGACUGUCAAGCGACUGUCAAAAGCAGCACACUGAACAUUUUAACUGCUGUUCUGUUUCUCACUGCACCAUCUCCUCUUCUAGUACACAGCACAGAGCUAAUGGAGUGGCAAUAACUCCACAAUUCUCUUUACAGUAUGAGGCACUUUUAAAUGGUGCUAAAGUAAGUAGUUUUAUACUUAGGUUUACAAGACAGGUGACUUCAUCCUCAUCUGCGCAACAUCUGGACAACGAACAAUGCAAGUACUGGCCAUGACAUAGUUCAGUGUCAACCUUUCCCAGAAGAAAAUUAGACAGGUUGAAUAGUUGGGUUUUUUGUGCGUUUCCUGGUGAUGUUUUUUGUAAGCAAUAUAUAUCCUUGUUAUGUAGCAAAGCAUGCCUCGAAUUUGAGAUGAAAGACGACAAGGUUCACAAUGAUGAUUUGUUCGCCUACAGCAACUCAUUCCACCGUCUCACACUAGGCAUCUAGAAAGCAUCCUCACCUCCCAACAAACUUCACCUUCUUGAAGAAAGUUCAAUUUUUGCUAAGAGCAGAUAGCUGUCUGGAGCUUUAUAUGAUCUUUCAAGAAGUACCGGACCAGAGCUUCUGAAGGUCUUCAGAAAAGGUUGAAGCUGUAAAGAUUGAUUCUUGAACAUGCAUUUAAAUUUGUUGCUCCAUAAUUUCAGUUCUACUGUUCCAUAAACUGAUAUCUUUUCCUAACACAAGGAAUAACUAAAGUCUUCAGGCAAGCAAACCAAGCACUUGGAGCAAACUGGCUAGCAGAGAGCCAAGAAUUGCACAAUUAGCAGACUUUACAUUGCUCUAUGUAUUAAAUGUCACAACUACAAUAGAAAAUUUCCCAGGAGGAACCAGUGUGGAUUUCUUCUAUUCAUGAAGGUUAGCAACAUAAGCCGUGCCUACACAGAGAAAAGACUUCUCAAUAGAUUAAGUAGAAAUAUUAAUCCUGCUGUUCAAACUGAUUCAACAGUUGGAAGAGGUAUGCAUGCAUCGAACUGAUUAAAAAAAAAAAAAAUCUCUGUUUACACAAUUUCCUGCUAACAACAGGUUUGACAAUCUGCCUAGUUGUCUCUGAGGCUAGUGUAGAACUGCCUUAACUGCUGACAUCUGAAGAAAAAAAAAUCAAUUGUCAAUAGAUACAUUUCUGGCCCUUUUCAACACUAUCUCAAUACUUUGCUUCAAUAGCAAUGAAUGUAAUUUUCUACCAUUCACACCUCAAACUGACCUUUCUUCAAACAGCAGUAAGUGUAGAUCAGGUCGCCACCGAUUCAUUUCCUUAAUGUACACAUAUUCUUAAGUCAAACGACUAAGCCAGAGCUAGGAUCUGUAGUAUGAAGGUACAUAAAGAAAAACAAAAAGAACAAACAAAAAACCACACACACACACACCCCACAAGCUCCAGUUCUUAGGAACAGGAAUCAUUCUAGAAAAGAAAAAAGAUUUAAGAAUAAUGAAAAAAUGCUUUGGGAAGCUUACAGUUAGCUUAUGCUGAAAAAAUUUGAGCAGCAGCAAGCUCUAAUAAUGUUAAUACUAUUACCAAUAUUACUGGUUGCUUUAACAGUGGUUCUAGCAUUUUUCCCCUGUUAACCAGCUAAGUUGAACCACAGUAUUAAGUUGCAUCCUAGGUUGAAGAAUUUCCUACAAAGAGGGCUCUAUUCAAAGAAACACAAUACACUUAUUGCACACCUAAUGCCAGCUAAGAGAAGAAAUCAGUACUGAUAUUAGAAAGCACUGACCACAAAAAGACGACCCUUAAAAUCAGUUCACUCAAGUAAAGCUUGGUUUCACUCUACAUUACUGAGUUCCAAGUAUCUUGAUGGUCUACCACAGGACUGGAUGGUAAACAGAAGAAAUGGGAAGAGGGGGAAAAAAGAAAAAAAAAAAGAAAAUCAUGAAUACAAUAAAUAACCAGUCCCCAGUCAACUUUUUUUGAAGUACAAGAAUCAGGGAACACUCAAUAAAGUUACCACAUAAGUACUGACAUUAUAACCUUAUUCAGGUCUGCCCACUUCUAAAAUCAGUAAAACUGGAGGGAAAAGAAAUGGCCAGGGGACAACAGAAAGGGAGAUCACAAUUGGUGCUGAUUUCAAACAGAUUAAUACACCUAUAAUCUGACUGCUAUAGGUGAGUAUCUACAAGUAUUUACUUCAUCUUUCUGUUAAGCCUACAGCUGGAUGGCACUAUCUGGCUGAUUCCAGCAUGAAUGUCAGAGAAUAACACUGACUUUACAAGCUGAGUGCAAAUCAACAGGUUCAUUAAAUGACUUGAGACUUGUUGAACAUGCAUUCACUGUACUGUUACAAAAUUCCUAAUCACACCAUCAAGAAAUAUAAAAAGCCUAGAUAUAUUUUCUCUUCAUAUUUAUUAUUUCAGAGGCACUUAAUGUUUUACAUUUAUAUAGCGCCAUUUCCCCCUCCAAAGCACUUUACAGUAUUUACAUACAGGAAUGUUUCCCACCACUGUUGAAAUGCAGCCAUCUGACUAUUACCGGCACACUUCCAAAGCACCAACAGUUUGAGACUGAAGACAUUUAUUAGUACUCUGUCUUACCAGGAUAGAUUAAAAUUCUAAUUUCCAAACUUCAACUUGUGCUAUUAAAAAGACCUAACAGCUAAAAUACAGUACCACAGUGCAAUUCUGCAACAGAACUGAUAUUCGAUCGUUUUCAUUAGGUUUUACAUUCCUUCAUUAGACAAAGCCCAUCUUUUAGUAGUUUAAUGUAAGGCCUUUUAAGAAUACCAUUCUAAAACAUCACUCAUUUUUGUAUUUUCUUUAUAAGCCUCUUUUACAAGCAAACUCUGAAGAAUAUUUUUCUUUCCUCUCAGUAUAUUUAGAAACAUUAAACUUUCAGGAAUCAAGUU